AACUGCAUCUCGGAGCAGCAGCAACCCAGCCACGUCUGACGGCUCCGUAGUCUUGUGCACACUGAAUACUGAAGGUCGUCGUCGCGCCGCAUCGCAGCGUCGCAUCUCGUCCUUAUUCGCGCUUGCGCUCUUCCCACCUGCCUCGUGUUCGGUAUUUCCAACCAUCGCCUUCUCUGGCUCGCGUGCUGGGACCAGCAUGGCUUCGAGACUCGCGCUCUUCGCGCUGCUCUUCGCAGUGGUCGCCAUCUCGGCGAGCGGCAAGACGGAGAAGGACGUCACGCAGCUGCAGAUCGGCGUCAAGUUCAAGCCGGCGACAUGCAAGCUCAAGGCGCGCAACCUCGAUACAGUCAGGGUUCACUACAAGGGCAUGCUGACGGACGGCACGGUGUUUGACUCCAGCUACGACCGCAGCGACCCCAUCCAGUUCCGCCUGGGGCAAGGCAACGUGAUCAAGGGGUGGGACAUCGGCAUUCUGGGCAUGUGUGUGGGCGAGAAGCGCAAGCUCAAGAUCCCCUCGCACAUGGGCUAUGGCGAGUCGGGCUCGCCGCCCAAGAUCCCCGGCGGUGCGACGCUCAUCUUUGAGACGGAGCUCGUGGAGAUCGUGGGAGCCGCGCCGGAUGAGGAGGAGCUCUGAGCGCUCUGCCUCGCAGAUGCGUGGUUCUUAGCUCUCAAGUAGUGUGUCGCAGCUUGUAAGGUGUCAUAGUGCAAAUUCUGGAUUUUGUGUAGGUCGGCAUUGUCAUUUGGAUUUUUCACAAUGAAGUUGGUCUUGUCGACUUAUAUAUUCUAUAUAUUUAGUUGUUUAGGCUUGGUAGGUGUUGGGUGUUCUACAAAUGACUGGAUCCUACUGUAGAGGGUACAACCCACUUCUUGUACCUCUCUCUCUCUCCUAGUCAAACUCUAUUUUCUCUCGCCACUUUCUACUAACUAGAAUCUCCUCCCGCAGGUGAUGACUCCCUUCCCCGUCGUCGCCGGGCCGUGCCACGCCGCCAGGUGCCGCGGGCUUCGCAAUCGCCGCCGCCGUCGCCAAAGCCGCUGCCGCCACUGCAGGUGCAGCUGGCUCCGCCGCCACCUGCCACCGCUGCCGCCGGUGUCGACGUCGUAGCCGCCGUUGACGCCAUUGCUGCCACCUGCCGCAGACGUCGCCCGUCUCGCAUGCCAAGCGGUAGAAGCCAUAGCUGUUGCAGGACAUGGGGGUGCAAGGGCUCGGGGGUGUUGCGUCUGUGGUGUGCUAGCGCCUACCAAGCCUGUUGGAAAUGAUAAAAGGACCUAAGGCAU